GUUUCUUCAGCCUAGCUACUCUGAUCUGUCUCUCUUCAUCAUAUUCUUUAACCUAUAUGUCCCUAAACUAAACUGAUCCUUUCCAUACAUUAAUGGAAGAAACUAUUCUCAAGAGGCUAGGCUGUCUAACCCACGACAACACUUCUGAUAUCCUCGCCUCGCCGCAUCCUCCGCUUUCCAAGAGAAGCGGUGGUCCAGCCGUUAAGCGCGCUCCCUGCAGAGACAGUGCCUCCUGCGGCGGAGCAGUGAAGUACCGCGGCGUGCGCCGCCGACCGUGGGGCCGAUAUGCGGCGGAGAUCAGAGACCCUCUUUCGAAGGAGAGGCGGUGGCUUGGAACCUAUGACACGGCGGAGGAAGCCGCUUGUGCGUAUGACGUGGCGGCUAGGGCCAUGCGUGGGGUUAAAGCCAGGACCAACUUUCUGUUCCCGCCGUCCCCUCCGCCGUUCUCUGCCGUCCACGGGCUUUACCUUCCCAAAUCCCCCCACACCCAUGCCAACGACAGCCGGUUUUUUCAGCCCGUGCUUACAUCGCUGUCAUCGAACAGUAACCUAAACCCCAACAAUGUUCCUUCUUGUUCAUCUUUCUUUAGCCAAAUCUCAGCCGUGAACGGUGGCGGUAAUUCCAUUUCUACCCCUCUGACCUCCAUGUCAACUCCCUGUUUACAUACUCCGACCAUGACCCAGCAGAGUUCUCCAGUUGGUUCUGAAGGGCCCACGUGUGGACUUGACUUCUUUAAAUCUCAGUCGUCUGAUUCCGGGCUAUUAGGGGACGUGCUCAAUGGGUUUUUCCCGAAGCCCACUUCCGUGAAAUCUGAGCCGUCCACGUGUGCAACUGGCGCCACAUCCAAGGGCUUUGAUGGGGACAAUAACUCUGGGAUUAUCGGUAAUGAUCAUUAUUAUCAUCAAGAGGAAGCGUUUGGGUGUUUGGAUAAUGGUUUCGAUCAUCCUCCGCCGCCGCAGUUUAAUUUCGAUGACGAGUUUCCGGUGUUGACCGGCGUGCCGGUGUUCCAGUCGGAAGGCGAGAUUGGAGGCUUUGGUAAUUUUACUACCAAGCUGUAUAACUACUAUUGACUGAUUUAAUCGUACUAAUUUACAUGUAGUAGCUCGUUGUUUUGUGUGCUAAUGAAAGCAAUGAAUGAAAGGUUU